CUGACUCACUCGGUCUAGGCUUCAUCACUUCAUUACUAAACGGACCGAUGAGAAUAUAUGUACGGGAGCUAAUUAGGCAUAGAAUAACUCAAAUAAAAGCCAGCCUUCGCCCGUCUGGUGUAUACUGCGAUACUUCAUACCCAUCGCUGUUGCAUCGUUCUCAACGUCCAGCGGGGUGGUCCGUCAUUCACCACACCAAGUCCGCUGAUCGAAUUACCUUUACCUAGGAGGCCCGAGACCUCAAUAAGGAAAACAAGUUCAACAAGAUUGGAGACAAAGGGGGAAAGGGAAAGGGAAAAAAAAAGAUGAGUUCCCAGAAGCAAUUCAAUGUCGGCAUCGUAGGCUACGGCCUCUCGGCCAAGGUGUUCCACAUCCCCUUCAUCGCUCUGACGCCUUCGCUUCGGCUGCACGCCAUCGUGCAGCGGUCGCCGACCGAGGGCAACUCGGCGCCGGCAGACCACCCGGGAAUUCUGCACGUGCGGACGGCGGAGGAGCUGCUGGCGGAGGAGGCGGGCGUGGACGUGGUGGUGCUGUGCACCCCGCCGGACACGCACUACCGCCUGGCGCGGGCGGCGCUCGAGGCGGGCAAGCACGUGCUGGUCGAGAAGCCGUUCGUGCCGACGGCCGCCGAGGCCGCCGAGCUGGCGGCGCUGGCCCGCGCCCGCGGCCGGGUCCUGUGCGUGUACCAGAACCGCCGCUGGGACUCGGACUUCCUCACCGUCCGCCGCCUGCUCGACCAGGGCACCCUCGGCCGCGUCGUCGAGUUCGAGACGCACUUCGACCGCCUGCGCAUCGCCGCGCCCUCGGGCGGCUGGAAGGCCGGCACGAGCAUCCGCGACGGCGGCGGCGUCCUCUACGACCUGGGCACCCACCUGCUCGACCAGGUCUUUGUCCUGUUCGGCAUGCCCACCGCCGUCUACGCCCGCUUCGUGCGCCAGCGCGAGGGCAGGCUGGUCCGGGGCGUCGGCGGCGAGGCGGACGAGCCCGACAGCGUCACGGCCGUCCUGACCUACGACGCCACCGGCCUGGUCGUGUACGUGCGGAUCGGCGUGGUCAGCGUCGAGUCGGACCAGCUGCGCUUCUGGGUCCGCGGCAGCAAGGGGAGCUACCGCAAGACCGGGCUGGACCCCCAGGAGGACCAGCUCCGGCGCGGCGGCAAGGCGACCGACGCCGACUUUGGCAGGGAGGACGAGUCCCGGUACGGCCGCCUGAGCCUCCUGCAGGAGGACGGCUCCGUGCUGGACCGGCCCUGCCCGACCGUCGAGCCGGAGACCUACCUCGAGUUCUACAAGCUGUUCGCCAAGGCGGUCGAGAGCGGCAGCGAGGAAGACGUGCCCGUGCCCCCCACCCAGGCCGCUCAGGUCCUGCGCAUCAUCGAGGCCAUCAGGGAGAGUGCGAGGUCGGGAAGGGAGGUAACCCUCUGAAGAGGAAGAAGAGCGAAAUGGGGAUCAGAUCGAUCGCAGGUUAUUUUAAUAUCGCCGCGUCUCCCGGGGACACAAGACGAUGACGCUAGGGAAAUCAAGAAAAUAUCAUUUCUUGGAAGAAAACAAUAAUACAAGAAUCACGUAGUAAUUAGUGUUGGGGGUGGUGAAGAGAAGUUGAGAGCCUGAUGAAUUAAUAACGCCAUUAAUUAAUAAUAGGUCAAGCGAUCGACUCUUCUUUGAGCUGCCA